UUGGGGGCGGUGACCGCUGCGAGGUAUAAGUACUCUGGCUUGCCUCGCAAGUUGGUGAUUGCUUGCUCGUACACCGAGGCGAGUCGGGGAAGCGGUGCUCAAUGUUUCCCUAUGCUGUGCACGCAAACCAGACGCGUCCCCGAACAAAAUAUCGCCUUCUCCGCUAAACAGAACUGCUUGUUUUGUUUUCGGCAGGAAAAGAAGUAAAUAAACACAUGAUUAACACCGCGGAGUGUGCCAUGGAUGCACAAAGCCUCAUUUCGAUUUCUUUACGGAAAAUCCACAACUCCAGGACGCAGAGAGGAGGCAUAAAGCUGCACAAGAACCUCCUGGUUUCGUACGUCCUGAGGAACGCCAAGCAGCUUUACAUGAGCGAGAAAUACGCGGAGAUCUACAGGAUGCAGCAGUACGAGGAGGUGAUGACGGUCUGCAACGAAAUCCAGGAGCUGAACCCACUCGAUUUAGCCGAGGACCUCGUGGAGGCGAGCGGGGACUGCUGCAGCCACGGCGCGGGGAGCCCUCUUGUCAUGGAACCGGCGAGCUGCGCGCUGCCUGCAAGCAACCACCCAGCGCACACGCCGCACCAGCAGCAGCUCCAGGCUACAGCAGCCUGCUCCGCCGCCGCCUUGGCGCUCCAGAACGGGGAGCUCUGUAAAGAAUCGGACUCGGCUUUUUUCCGGAGCUGUUGCGCGGAAGCCUACCCUGUGACGGACUGCGAUCUUUCCCCGCUGAGCGCUGUGCAGUGCAACAAAACGACAGUGUUGGACCUGGAUACGCACGUCGUGACCACUGUGGAAAGCGGGUGUCUCUACCAGGACUGCUGCGCUGUGCAGUGCCAGGGCGCACAGGCACCGGCCAAGAAGCGCAAGUAUGACUUCGGGUAUUACGCGACCGAAUCGGAGGAGGUUCCGGAUUUCACGCCGUGCAAGAGAGCGAGGUUCGAAGACUUUUACUGCCCUCAUUCGGAGCAGCUGGACACUUCCAACAUUUCCAAUUUGAUCUCGAUUUUCGGCUCGGGGUUUACGGGGCUGGUGAGCAGACAGGCGGACUCUGAGUUCUCUUUGAACGGGCAGUUCUGUAGCAAACAAACGCUCGCCAGCCUCGGAGCGUGGACUCGGGCUAUCGUGGCUUUUUAAUCCGGCUGUAAAUCAGAUAUAUAUACUUUAUAAAUUGUACAGAGUUUUAAAACAAAUUGACUUUAUUUUUGCUAUAAAGCACCUAUUUAAAAUACGAAGCAGAUUUCCAUUGUUAAAAUGGAUGAGAGGGGAAUAGUUUGAUCACGAUGUGCAGGUUUAUUUGUAUUGUGUGUGUUUUGUCUUUUUUAUAAACAGACCUAUUUAAACAUUUUAAA